GGAGACAACUGCAGAGAGCGGCAGAUGGCCAAUCUACUGAGAAGUACCUAGCUCACAGGUUAUUUCUCACGUCCACUUCCUGCGACUGACUUAGGUGUCAGCCCAGAAUCCCCCUCCACCCAACAGGGCAGUCUGAGGAAUUGAGCAGCCCGCCAGCACUGUGAGGAUAGUGAAAGGAGAGCCGUAUGGUGGGGUCCAGCACCUGAAACGGCAGGCGGUCGUGUUGUCAAUCCGCCUGCCAGCGGCUCCUCCCACCGAACCAAGCCGGAAAAUUUCCAGGGUUUGCAGGCCUAAACGUCUUCGGCCUGUGGAAACAACCUAGAACAUCGGGCAGCCAGCAACAUUAGCGUCAUCCUGCUCCACGACUCGAUGUUUGCUUUGCACCCUUCCGGCACAGCAUCGUCGCGCUAUGGCCGGCAAGAAGAAGACCAAAAAGCCCGCUGCAAACCCGGCGCGUGGGUUUGCGACCACGUCCAUAGCGUCGAAGCCUAGAGUCGACCCCGCUGAAGCUGCCGGCCGCAGCGAUGCCGCUAACCUUGGCACCCCGGCAGGCAAGCCCAACGGCGAUGCUGCGGCCCCGCCGAGCACCGAUGCCCCGCCAACCGCCGCCUCCAAUGCCGAUGCCAACACGGCAGCACAAAAUGCGCCGAAGCAGGACCUGACCCCCGAGGAGUUCGAGAGGCACCUGGAAGAGUCGGAGUUGCAGCAGUUAGUCGAAAAGUAUGCCCAGAAAGUGCGGCGGGAUGUGCAGCGGCAGAAGGCACGCCUCGAAACCGACAGGCGCCUGCUCCGGGCGGCAGCAGAGCCCAUAAACAUCAAAAAAUGGCUGCCGCAGGAGCUGUUGGACCAUAUCAUGGGCAUGAUCCAAGCGGAGGGCCGGUUUGCCGCCUCUAGCGUUUCCUCUGAGGGAGCAUCUAGUAGGCUGCCCCCCGAGCAGGACCUCAUCGUGAAGCUGUGGACCCUGCAGGAGACGCUCGAGGGCGCUGGCUUUCCAGCCGACAGGAUACAGCCAGCGCUGCAAUUCGUCUUGGAUAUUGCGCCCAGUCUCUCGCCGAAUGGCAAGGGGGAUUCCAUCUGGGGUCUCGAAGAGGUGCUCGACUGGCUGGCAAGGGAGUGUUCCCCCGAGGAGCUGCCGGACUACUCGGGGCGCAAAACAGGCAGCAAAUCGCAAAACGGCACCCCGAGAGACACUCCCUCCAGGUCAGGCACUCCGGUCGAGUUCGGGCCCCGGCCCGGCUCCAAGGCCAAGGGGGCCGCGCUCAACCGGUCUCACCCGCCCUCGCCGAAACGGCCGACCGUGACAUUCGAUGAAGAUAUUGAACCCGACCAGCUGCUUCCUUUCUAUCUCGACGCCAAGACGAAGCUGUUUGCCAUCCAGCGCCCACGCCAGGACACCGCCAAGCGCAAGGGGCCGAAGGAGAAACCGGAGAACCCGAGCGAUCAGGAGGAAGCGCUACUGCUAGCGAAGAUAGACCGGAUCGAAAGAGAUGUGCUGUUCGACAAAUACGUGGCCGAACAGCAAUGGCGGGCGAAGAAGAUCGAACUGGAGAAGGAGUACGCCUCGGCGAGGGCCGAGGAGAAGAAAAAGGAGGCAGCAGAAGAGCCUCCUCCCCCACCAAGCGAGCCAGAUGAUGUCAAUGCGGAAGCUGAACGUAUCGCGGCCGAAGUUCUUGCCGAGGGCGACGACGACGACGACGCGAUCGCCGGCUUGUUCGCGAGUCUCCCCGUGAGCGAGGUUGAUCCCGAAACGGGCAAGACAAACACGGUGGUGCAAGGAACCGACGGUGCCAAGAUCACCAUCCGGGACUUUGGAGAAUGGACCGGGGUGACUCCGAUGCGGGCUCUGGAAGAGGCCUGCCGCUCAAGGGACUCCUCCGUGAGAAUAUCGUACCAUGUCCUAUCCGACGUCGUUUUUGCGAGGCGCCAUGCGGUCAACAUCGUCUGGUCGAAGCCGCAGGAGAUUCCACCUGCCCCCGAGAUCGCAGAACUCGAAGUGUUCACGUCGCCUACGCAGUUCGUCUACAAAAUGAUAUCCGUUGCCACCCCAGAUGCGAAGCAGUCCGAGGCCUACAUUGCGACCGCAGCGUUGUUCUGUAUCUUUGGAUCCUCGGCCAAGGAUGAAAAGGUCGCGUUGCGAUUGCCUGGCCCGUUCAAGGACCUAUGGUCUGAGUAUGCGGAGGCAAAGAAAGACAAGGCCGACGAGCAAGAUCGGGCCGUCCUCAGGCGUCUUCGAGACCUGGUGCGCACGCGGAUGGAGCAGGAGCUCGAGGACGGCGUGCUCGUCCAAGGCUUCAAGGGGCGCGGCCUGGCCAAGAACCAGACAGAUUCGGAGCAAUCAGACCAGGAACGGGCGAAGCGGCAGCCGCACGAUCCCGAAUACUACCGAAAUAUCUGGCUGCAGAAGAGCAGCACGCCCAAGUUUCGACAGAUGUUGGAAUCGCGCAUGCAACUGCCUAUGUGGCAGUUCCGCCAGCAGGUCGUUGACGCGGUCGAGAGGGACCAGGUCGUCAUCAUCUGCGGCGAGACGGGAUGUGGAAAGAGUACGCAGGUGCCUGCGUUCCUCCUCGAGCACCAGUUGCUCCAGGGCAAGCCGUGCAAGAUCUACUGCACCGAGCCGCGGCGUAUCUCGGCCAUAUCGCUGGCUCGCCGUGUCAGCGAGGAGCUCGGCGAAGGAAAGGGAGACCUUGGAACUAGCAGAUCCCUCGUCGGCUACUCAAUUCGCCUCGAGUCCAACACGGCACGGGAGACGCGCCUUGUCUACGCCACAACCGGUAUCGUCAUGCGGAUGCUGGAGGGUUCGAACGACCUGGAGGAGAUAACCCAUCUGGUGCUUGACGAAGUUCACGAGCGCUCCAUCGACAGCGACUUCCUCCUCGUCGUGCUGAAGAAGCUGCUGACACGGAGGAAAGACCUCAAGGUCGUGCUGAUGUCGGCCACCGUCGAUGCCCAGCGCUUCUCCGAGUAUCUCGACGGCGCACCGGUCUUGACCGUUCCGGGACGAACCUUCCCCGUCCGCGUUGCUUACCUGGAGGAUGCAGUCGAGUUGACCGGGUACACGGUCGAUCAGCGCAAACAGGAGAAGCUGACCGAGCUGGACGACGACGUGGAGCUCGAGGUGGACACCUCGUCCAAGCCGGAGCUGCUGAAAGAGCUGAGGCAGUAUUCCGCACGGACGCGAAACACGCUUGCGCAAAUGGACGAGUACCGCAUCGAAUUCGAUCUAGUGGUCGAACUGAUAUCGAAGAUCGCAGUCGACCCGGAGUAUGAACCUUACAGCAAGGCCAUUCUGGUCUUCCUUCCCGGUAUUGCCGAGAUCCGGACACUCAACGACAUGCUGCUGGGCGAUCGCUUCUUCGCCGACAACUGGCUUGUGUACCCGCUGCAUUCGACCAUCGCCACCGAGGAGCAGGAGGCCGCCUUCCUCAUACCUCCGCCGGGCAUGCGCAAGAUCGUGCUGGCGACGAAUAUUGCCGAAACGGGUAUCACCAUCCCGGAUGUGACAUGCGUCAUAGACACGGGCAAGCACCGAGAAAUGCGAUUCGACGAGCGUCGCCAGUUGUCACGGCUGGUCGACUCGUUCAUCUCGCGUGCCAACGCGAAGCAGCGCCGUGGUCGUGCGGGGCGUGUCCAGGAAGGGCUCUGCUUCCACCUCUUCACGAAAUAUCGUUACGACACCUCCAUGAACGACCAACAGACGCCAGAGAUGCUGCGCCUGUCGCUGCAAGACUUGGCCAUCCGGGUCAAGAUCUGCAAGAUUGGUGGCAUCGAGGAGACGCUGAGGCAGGCGCUGGACCCUCCGUCGCCGAAGAACAUCCGCCGCGCAAUCGACGCCCUGGUCGACGUCCGAGCGCUCACGGCCACGACCGAGGAGCUCACGCCGCUCGGCGUCCAGCUUGCGCGUCUGCCGCUUGACGUGUUCCUGGGCAAGCUCAUUCUGCUCGGAACCGUUUUCAAGUGUCUGGAUAUGGCCAUCACCGUGGCAGCCAUCCUGUCGUCCAAGUCUCCUUUCGUGGCUCCGUUUGGCCAGCGCAAUCAGGCCGACUCCGUCCGCCGGGGCUUCCGCAAGGGCGAUUCCGAUCUCUUGACGGUCUACAAUGCGUACUCGGCCUGGAAGCGCGUGUGCCAGUCAGCGACGGGCGGCGGCGCCGAAUUCCAGUUCUGCCGCAAGAACUUCCUCUCGCAGCAAACCCUAGCCAACAUAGAGGAUCUCAAGGGCCAGCUCCUCAUCGCAGUUGCCGACUCCGGUUUCCUGCAACUGACCGCGGACGAGCGGCAGACGCUUAGCAGGCUACGCUUCAGCGGGCGGCGGCGCCACCAGGCCUUCUUCGAGGUGCCCAAGCGCGUCGACGUCAACAGCGACAACGAGCUGGUCGCACAGUCGGUCAUCGCCUGGAGCUUCUACCCCAAACUGCUGGUCCGCGACCCCGGCAGCAAGGGCUUCCGCCACGUGGGCACCAACCAGUCCAUCAGCCUGCACCCGAGCAGCGUGAACAAGGGGUUCACCGACCUGCGGUGGCUGAGCUACUACCACAUCAUGCAAUCCAAAGCAUUCUACAACGCGCACGAGACCACUGCGGCUGACCCGUUCGCCAUCGCCCUCCUCUGCGGCGACGCCCGCGCCGACCUGCACGCCGGCGUGCUCGUGCUCGACGGCAACCGCGCCCGCUUCGCCCUGCCCGACUGGAAGUCCGCCCUCGUCGUCAAGACCCUCCGCGCCCGCCUGCGCGACUUGCUCACCCGCUGCUUCCGCUACCCGGGCCGCCCGCUCACCCCGCAGCACGAGCGCUGGCUCGACGCCUGGCAGCGCGUGUUCGCGCUCGCGCAGGAGGCGCGCGAGAGGGCGGCUGCUGCCGCGGCUGUGUCGGCGGCGGCGGCUACGGUGACGGUUGUGGAGGGCGGGACGUGGGAGCGUUAGUGGCGCUUCUGAGUUCUGACUUCUGCGUGGGUAACCAGGGAGGAAGGAGGGUGUGGUGGGCUCGGCGGUGGGGAUGGGGGGUUCUUCUGGUGGGUGGGUGCUUUAGCGUUUUUAAGGGGAUGGUGGUGGCUCUCGGAUUGGAAAGGGGCGGUUGAGAAGGAAGUCGUUCCUGGAUGUCUCAAAAUGGAUUCUGGGACUAUGGCGUGAGAAGGGUGGUGGCGGACGCGGAAUCCUGGAGAUGUCACUGAGAGCUUGUACGAGUAUGCCAUGCAUGAUAGAACGAGCGGCUAUGCUACUGUAUUCGAGGGAUAGAAAACAAUGCGUCACUUGAUGUGUGUGUCGCCCGUUUCCGGCCCUCUUUUCACCCCCUC